AUGGAGGUGGGCGUGCCAGAGGGCUCUGGGAUGCAUCUCAGUGUGGGAGGCGGAUUGGAGAGAGCAGAGGGAGUAGACGAGAAGGAGGACAGCUUGAUAUUCGAGGGAGUCCCUGCAGGGUGCCGAGGGGGAGCGCUCGCCUUAUCGAGACGGCCGAUCAUUUCGAUUGGACGACUCAGCGCAAGUGCAGGACGCGUUCGUUCGGCGCAGCCACCGCGCCGCGCCUUCGGCAUUCAACUCUUUCACACGCUGCACAGUUCUCGAUCGCAUCAGCACCAUUUCUUCAUCAUCCUGGACGACAAUGCACACCCUGAUUACUACGCCAUCCUCUCCACCUCUCCCUCCGCGUCCGCGCUCGAGAUAAAACGCGCGUACCAUCAGUCUCUCCUGCGUUCCCACCCAGACAAGCGGCCGAUCUCGUCUUUGAGCGAUCCUAUGCACUCCGUCGGUGAGACUGCCGACAUCGGCCUACUCAAGCGGGCGUAUGAGGUACUCUCUUCGCCGGCUUUGCGAGAGGCGUACGAUGCGGUGUGGAAAUGCGCCUCUGAAUCCGGUCGUCGUCACGGACCUCGCCCGGCGCAGGUUGUCUCAUUGGAGGAAUUUGACGAGAUCGAUGAUGAGGGGAGGUGGACGUACGCGUGUCGCUGUGGCGGUGUGUAUGCCAUCACAGAGAAAGAUAUGGAGAGCGGUCAGCAUCUGAUCGGCUGUAACAGCUGUUCGGAGGUUGUCUGGGCGGGGUAUGAGCUUGCAAAUGAGGCUGAAAAUGGGAUGGAUACACCCGUAUAG